UAUUUUAACCCUACACUGCAUUCAGUCCCUUAUGUGGGACAACCAAUAAAAUUGAUAUUUUUUCUGAUUUGAACCAAGUAGCGACAUCUUUGAUUACGCAAAGAAAGUGACAACAAUCAAUGGCACCCAUUUAGUACAUUCGUUGAAACUAGAUGGCACUACUACAUCGCUCAGACAGUCAUUCAAUUGAAAAUUUUGAAUGUUAGCCGCGCGCCGUGCUUAUUCAAUUUGAAAAUUUAAUAAAUAAUAGUUGUUUACGGAAUACAGCAGUGGAUAAAUUGUUUUUAUGUUGAAAUAUCUGUGAACUAAACAAAUAUAAUGGCGAAGAAAACCUUAUCCAACGCUCAAAUCGAAUAUUAUUUGACAAUACCAUUAGGCAGUGAAGAUGAACAAGACUCCUCAGGUGCUGAAAGUGACGAUGACAUUGCCGUUAUUCGAUCUACCGUCAACGAACUUGGUGAAACGUUUGUCGAUACGGAUGACGAAGAGCAAUUUGUUUCACCGAACAGGUAUGGAUCCGCUGCACCAUUAUCCUAUGGUGGUGAUAUGCAGCAGCAUAUAUCAAAUCCUAGUGGUUCCAUUCCUGCUGUUCCAAGUACAUCUAGAUCAACUGCUUCACGAACACGUCAAUCAACAGUUGUAUCUUCCGGGUCUACUGCACCAAAAGACGCUGCUCCUGCACCUGCUGCAUCCGUCGCCAGAAAAAAGCGAAAUAUCAUCUGGAAAAAAAAAUCUUUCCAUCCAACAAACCGUGAGUUUUGUGGGCAAACCGAUCUAGAGCCACCGGUUACUGAACUUGAAACUCCAUUGCAAUAUUUCUUGUACUUCUUUGAUGAUUAUAUUCUAAGCCAUAUCGUAGAAGAAAUGCAUAAGUUUAGUGUACAAAAAAACCCAGCAAAGCCUUUUUUUACAAGCGUUACAGAGCUGAAGAAGUACAUAGGUGUCUGUCUGCUAAUGGGCAUUGCCCCACUGCCGCAUACUCGAAUGUACUGGGAAUCUGAAUUAGGUUUGCCAUUGAUAAGAAAUACCAUGUCAGUAAACCAGUUUGAAAAAAUUCGGCAAUAUCUACACUUCAAUGACAAUACCACUCAGCCACCAGCAGGUACUGCAGGACACGAUCGUCUCCAUAAAAUCAGACCUUUAUUAGAAACCCUAAAAAAAAAAUGUCAAGCUAUACCCAAACGAGAAGCACUGUCAGUGGAUGAGCAGAUGUGCGCUACUAAGGCCUCUAACAUGCUGCGCCAAUAUCUACCUAAUAAGCCUCAUAAAUGGGGGUAUAAACUGUUGGUGCUGUGUGAUGAUCGAGGAUUUGCGUAUGACUUCGAAAUAUACUCUGGGAUGGAGAAUAACCCAGAUCUGAGGCUUCCUAAUGAGCCUGAUUUAGGCGCAAGUGCCAACAUUGUUAUCCGGCUUGCAAGGUGUAUUCCCAGGGAUAAAAAUUACAAGUUAUUCUUUGAUAACUAUUACACAUGCCCUGAAUUGAUUACGUAUCUUGCUAAUGAAGGAAUAUAUUCAAUGGGAACCGUGAACAAAGGACGACUAGGAAAAUCUAUACAAAUACCAUCAUUGAAAGAUCUAAAAAGUAGCAAGAAGGAAAGAGGAUAUUCAGAGGAAUGGGUAGGCAAUGUAAAUGGCACAGAUAUUGUCACAGUAAUGUGGUUUGACAAUAAACCAGUGGUGUUGUCUUCAUCUUUUGUUGGAAAAGAGCCUACUCAAAAAGUAAGGAGGUUUUGUAAAAAACAAAAGAAAUAUAUAGAUAUUGACUGCCCUCAAAUUGUACGCAACUACAAUAAGCAUAUGGGUGGAGUCGACUUGCUCGACUCAUUCCUGGGAAAGUACAAAAUAAAGAUGAGGACAAAGAAGUGGUAUUUGAGACUGUUUUACCAUUUCCUCGACAUAGCCACCAUAAAUAGUUGGUUGCUAUAUAGAAGAGUUGGGGAAAUGCGACAAAUAGCUACGCCGCUGAAGUUGAAAGACUUCAAGUUUGAAGUGGCAAAGAGCCUCUGUAUGUGUGGUUCAUCAAUGAAUAAAAGAAAAGGCCGGCCGUCGUCUGCAAGUAAUGAUCUGAUAACGACAAAAAGAAUGAGAGCCAAUGUAGCGAUUCUUCCUACUCGUGACGUCAGGUGUGAUGGAGUCGAGCACUUUCCUAUGUGGGGACAGAAGCGCCAGCGAUGCAAGAAUCCAGGCUGCAAAGGAAAGUCGUUUGUUGUGUGCGAAAAAUGCAGAGUCGAACUUUGUUUGAACAAGGACAAAAACUGCUUCCGUCUGUUUCACCUCUAGGUAGAUUAGCAAAUUUAGGUAGGUAAUUGCAUAUUGUGCCACAUAUGGAACUAAAUAAAAAAAACAUAUUUCUCUGUUACUA